CAGCAGUCAGCAGUGUUUCUAUUUCAUCAGUGCUGGUUGGUCGAGUUGUGAGUGCGCGUGUGAUGAUCACUGAUUGCUACGGUCCGUCGUCAUGAUAAGUAUUGUUGUCGUUGGUUGUGGAGGUGGUAUUAGCAGCUCGCAGUUUUGACAGCGUUAGAAAAACGCCACAAUAUAAUCAAUAUUAUUUUAAUAACAUAAUUAUAUCAAGAGUAAAAUCGCAGCAGUUUUAAUUUACACAUUCACUGAUAUAUUUUUGGGCUGCCAAUCGCAACUAUUGUUGCGGAAAUGGCGACUAGUCCGCCUAACACCAGUAACACGGUCGUCGUUAGCCCUGAUUGUAGCGGCGCUAAAACCAGUAGUAGUCAUUUUGGGAAACAAGGUGAAGAAAGGCUUAAGAAUUUAUACCCAAUGGUGGAUGAAAACGACACACCGUUGCCUAGGAGCUGGAACUCCAAAGACAAAUUCACAAAUCUUGGACUGUCCCAGAACAACAUACGUGUCCAUUAUAAAGGUCAUGGAAAAACUCAUAAAGAUGCUGCUAGUGUACGAGCUACACACCCAAUUCCAGCCUCUUGUGGAUUAUAUUAUUUUGAAGUUAAAAUUGUGUCAAAAGGCCGUGAUGGCUACAUGGGUGUCGGACUUUCCGCUCAAGGUGUUAAUAUGAACCGAUUACCUGGUUGGGAUAAACAUUCGUAUGGUUAUCAUGGUGAUGAUGGACAUUCAUUUUGCUCAAGUGGUACAGGACAACCAUAUGGGCCAACAUUUACUACUGGUGAUGUUAUUGGCUGUGGAGUAGAUCUAGUGCACAAUAAAUGUUUUUACACAAAAAAUGGUACACAUCUAGGAACAGCAUUCACUGAUCUUCCUCCAAAUUUAUUUCCAACUGUUGGGUUACAAACACCCGGAGAAGUGGUUGAUGCCAACUUCGGGCAAUGGCCAUUUGUUUUUAAAAUAGAAGAAAUGAUGAAGGAGCUUAGAAACCAAACACAAACUACUAUUCAGAGUUAUCCAUUUUCUUAUCCAUAUUCACAGUGCCAGACAAAUUUUCAUAAAAUGGUUUCAACCUACUUAGUACACCAAGGAUUUUGUGCUACUGCAGAAGCAUUUAUAUCUCAAACAGAUCAAUCAUUUGAAGAAGAAAUUACUUCUAUCAAAAAUCGACAAAAAAUAUUAAAAUUGGUUUCCACUGGACGAAUGGGAGAAGCUAUUGAAAUGACUAAUAAACUAUACCCUGGACUACUUGAGUCUAAUCGUAAUCUUUUAUUUAAAUUAAAAUGUCGCCAGUUUGUUGAAAUGGUAAAUGGUACUGACUCUGAAGUAGCACCUUAUUCCCAUGAAAAUAUUGAAGUUCAAACUACUAAUCGACCAUCACCCAAACGUACAUUACCGUCUAAUCGUAGUCCCACAUCUAUACAAACUAAUGGUAGUAUAAAAUGUCAAAAGUUGUCAAAUUCUUUAACGUCAGAAAUAAAUGAAAUGAAUUCAGUAAAUUUAAUACUUAAUGGCUCAUCAGAUGCAACAACCAUCAAAACAAUAAAAAAUGGAAACUCAAAAUUAAAUGACUACUCAAUAGAAAAAAUGGAUUGUAAUGAAGAUAGUCAGACUACAGAUUAUAUAAUGACAUCAGAAAGUAUUAAUGGACAUCACAAUAAUCAUUACCCAGAUGGAGAUUACAGUUCUAAUGGUUACCAUAAUGGCCAUUCUUGUGAAAAUCUUAGUAAUGGAAAUUCAAGAAUUAUUAGUAAUAAUGGAAAUGAAGAAUCAAUGGAAAUAGAUCAACCAGAAUUCCAUCAACCUACCAAAAAAGUUUGUGGUGGAAGCAAACCUGGUGUUGAAAAAAUGCUCGAAUUUGGUCGAGAAUUAUUCCUACUUAGUUUACAAUUAAGACAAGAAUUAGGACGUAAUGAAACUAAUAAAAAAAUGUUACAAGAUGCGUUUAGUUUAUUAGCUUAUUCAAAUCCUUGGAAUAGUCCAGUUGGUUGGCAACUAGAAUCUUCACAGAGAGAUAGUGUAUGUGCUGCAUUAAAUUCUGCAAUUUUAGAGUCAAGUAAUUUACCUCGAAGACCUCCUCUUGAAAUGACUGUUGGUCAUGCUUAUGAGCUAGUCAAGCUUAUGGCUGCUUCCAGUAUGGGAGCUUGUGCCUUUACUAAUAUAGAUGAAUUGCUCAAAUGACCUUCGUAUAUUGUGCGUAUCACUGCCACCAUUUUACAAUUGUUUAGAACUGCUAAUGGUUGGUCACCAAUCUCAAAUAAUAUAACAAUUGCUAAUGGCAUAAGUACUUGAAGUGGCCACAUCACCAACAAAAAAAAACUAUGUAAAAUUACAAAUUUUUGACGAUUACAAUUUUCUGUAUAAGUGUGUAAGUAGAAUUUUAUUUCAUCAAGAAAUUUAUAUAUAUUCAGUUGACGCAAUGUAAAUGAGCCUUUAUUUUUAUUAAUAUAUUAUCUGACAUCUCUAUAAAGAUUCUUUUAAUUGUUUGAUAUUGACUAAAGUUUUAUAUAUGUCUAUGUUUAAAUAUUAUUUCAUAGAUAAAUUAUUUAAAGACUUCAAAUCCUGUGUUCUUUGUAUAUUGCCUUUAUUUUUCUUGUAAAACUAGAUUUGUUUUGAUGAUUGAUAAUAUCAACUUAAUUAAAUAUGUGAAGGUCUGAUAAAUAAAUACAUUAUACCUAAUUAUUGAAGCAAUUAAUGUUAUUGUAUAAAAAAAUUAUUUUGCGUAUAUUAUGAUCUCUUCACAUAACUUAUAAAACAUGUUAAUUUUAAAUUUGUUGCUGUUAUAAUGUGAUCUACAAAAUAACCGAUUAUUCAACACAUAAGAUUUUUUUAAUUAAAUUAAAAAAUUGUUUUAUUUUUGUAUUAAAUAAAAAAAAAUGAUUCAAAAUCGCCAAUUCUAAAUUUUAAGAUUGUUUAAAUAUUGUAUUAUAUUAUUUAAUUUAUAGUUGUUAGUUUCAAAUGAUUGUACUAACAUUUAAUAAUGAAUAUAUCUAUACAAUUAGUUCAUACAAAUAAAAUUUUUUUUCUUUGAAUA